CCGUCUGUUCGUAUAAGCAAAUUAGUAUUAAACUUUGAAUAGUGCACGUUCACCAAAUAUAAGGAUGAAUAAUCAAUGCCGAGCUUGUGGGUCUGCCAUGUAUAACACCAAAGGCAGGAACCUGUUCCAGAAGAAGAACGCCAAACUGUUGUUGAACUUCAAUUUGGUGACGAACAACCUAGCGCUGAAAAAGGAUCCGCGCGUACCCAGCUGCAUAUGUGCAUCUUGUGCAGAAUCUCUGAAUCGCGCAGUCAUAUUCCGAGCACGCGCCCUCGAGACUCAGGAGAACUUUCUGCAACAACGCGCGGGACUGCCAGAAAACGAUCUGCCAACAGACGACGAAACUCCUGGCGAAACAUCCAAUUCAGAGGUGAAAGCGCAGGAUGCCGACUCCCUGAUUAGUAGUCUGGAAAAUGAGCUAGGCGGUAAAACUGUACAAAAAAUCCACAAAUAGUUAUUCUUUAAAGACAUUUAAUUUGUUGGAUAAUACUUCCAAUGUGGAUGACUAUUUUACAAAAAUUACUUUGGCUCCUGCCACCAAAAGUUUAGCAGGCUGGAUCAGCUAAAAAUUAACUUCGGCUUAUUCAACAUUAGCUUAACCGUAACCAACCACCAUCCUGCUCUUUUCGCCAAAAUAACAACGCUACCUACUUAAUUCAUGUCCAGCUCUCAGCCCGACAGAUCUCCUUAA